UAUGAAUUUAUGAGAUCAAAAAAUUAUAAACAUAGUAAAUUCAUAAACAAAAAGGGGUACAUCAAUCAUUAGAAUUUCUCCCUUUUAACAAGAAAAUCCCGACAGGGAACACAUAGCAGUUCAUGAGAAUCAAAUCCAGCCAAUGAAUAAAGUUCAGUUCAAUGCAAGGUAAUCCCGCCAAGGAAAAAAGAGUAGUUCAGUAGAAAGUAAUCAAAACAUUCAGUUCCUUGCAUCAAGAGAAAACUCUCCCACAACAACAUCGCAGCAAAACAAAACAGUCACAUAAUACGAUCACGCAUCCGCAACGGUCUCCACAGCCCUUGUUAUUUACUCACAACCUCCUUUUCAUGCAGUCAAAUCCCAUUCCGUGACUCGGCAAUUCCGUGAGCAGUUAAUUAAUUAGCGUUAGUUCUCAGACCUCCUUCCGUCCGAAUACACGUUUGCCAAACGGUAUCCUUACAGUGUAUAAAACAUUCUGUCUGGUAUUCCGUGCGAAAGGAUAAAUUUUCGAUAAUCCCGGAAGUGAACAGUCUCUAGAUCACUAUAAUCACUGACAUACUUUUCUUUGCAUGCGGAAAAAACAAUAAAACAUCGCAAGAGUCAACAGAGAAACCUCCACGAGAUAAUGUUUGCCGCCGAGCAGACGCCAUCUUAAUUAACGGAAGUACUUCCUAAUAAAGGCAUCUAUACGGAUUGGAUCGUUACCAUAACCAAUCAAAUAACAGGAACCGUUACAUAAUAAUCUCACUAAGGCUGUAUGCAUUUAAACAUCAGAUUGAGUUGGAUAGCACUGCGAAUGAAUAGUGAUUAAUAUUUUAAUUAACAUAUAACUAUGUCUGAAAUACGUUUCUAAUAAUGAAGAGUCAAAAAUAAAAAAAACGGAAUAAAUGCUGGUUUAUCUAUGUUUCAUGAUGACAUCGUCACAACGUAACAGGCAGCACGCUUUCUCACAGAAUUUAGCAAGGGUCAAGUCAGUGGGUGUGUUUACCCUUACGAAAAUUAACCAUUUGUCAUAUCGCAUCGUGCUGUAUCCAGUGGCAAAAUUUCUUAUUAUAACGGAUUCUAGUCAUUUGUCAUAUCGCAUCGUGCCGUAUCCACUGGCAAAAUUUCUUAUUAUAAGGGAUUCUAGUCAAUUUUAUUGCAUCGCAUCGUGCGGCUCACGUGCGGUAGACAGUGGAAGGGGUUAUGUUUAUACGCUGAUGGUUAAUGUUUGGCAACCGAGGUGUAAAGUGCACUUCCGUCAACAGAAUAGCGCAUAAAGUUUACAAUUCUGAUCUCACUAAUCUGAUUUAGGACCACAUAUGGAAGUGGCUAAAAUCAGAAAAAAAAAAUCGGAUUCCAUGUGGUUUGUCCUGUUCACACUGUCAUGCAGUGAACAGAUCGCUGGGUCGCGUAUGAGCAAAAAAACGGAUUUUGGUGGCAGUGUGAACGUAGUCAAUUUGUUAGAGACUGACACCUGCUGGAUCUUUUUAAAUCUUGUUAAAUGAGGGUAAAGGUGAAAGAGUCACACCCAACAGAUAAAUCUGUUUUGCACACUUCACGUGAUCUCUAUAUCAGAAAACUACUUCAGCUGCUCACUUCAUAGAAAACGAAACUUUUUUCAAUCUCUCAAGUCUUUAUCUCUGUAUAUUAGUGAAAUAUGGCAGAAGGGAAUAUUUCUCAUGACAAGUUCAGCUGUUCAGUGUGUUUGGAUCUACUGAAGGAUCCAGUGACUAUUCCCUGCGGACACAGUUACUGUAUGAGCUGUAUUACAAACUACUGGAAUCAGGAGGAUCAGAAGAGAAUCUACAGCUGUCCUCAAUGCAGACAAACCUUCACAUCAAGACCUGCUUUAAACAAAAAUGUGAUGAUCACUGAAAUGGUGGAAGAACUGAAGACGAGACUUCAAACUGAUGUUUCUGAUCAAUGUUACGCUGGACCUGAAGAUGUGAAGUGUGACGUCUGUACUGAGAGAAAAUACAAAGCUGUCAAGUCCUGUCUGGAGUGUCUGAACUCUUACUGUCAAAAUCAUCUUCAACAACAUGAACAAUUCUUUCAUGUGAACAAACACAAUCUGAUGGAUCCUACAAGACGACUCAAUGAGAUGAUCUGCUCAAAACAUAGAAAACAUCUUGAAAUCUACUGUCGCACUGACCAGGAGUGUAUUUGUUAUCCGUGUUUGAUGGAUGAACAUAAAGAUCAUGACACUGUAGCAGCUGUAACAGAAAGAACUGAGAAACAGAAAGUUUUGGGAGAGAAACAGAGAAACUUCAAGCAGAGAAUCCAGGAGAGAGAGAAGAAGCAUCAGGAGCUCAGAGAGACUGUGAACUCUUACAAGCGCUCUGCACAGACAGCAGUGGAGUACAGUGAGAGAAUCUUUACUGAACUGAUCCGCUCCAUUGAGAGAAGACGCUCUGAGGUGACACAACUGAUCAGAGAUCAGGAAAAGACUGCAGUGAGUCGAGCUGAAGGAGUCUUGAAGUGUCUGGAGCAGGAGAUUGAAGAUCUGAGGAGGAGAGAACCUGAACUGGAGCAGCUUUUAAACACAGACAAUCACAUUCAUUUCCUGAAGAGUUUUCAGUGUCUUUCUGCACCUCCUGAAUCUACAGUUUCACACAACAUUACUGUCAGUUCUCUCGUCUCUUUUGAUGAUGUGAGAAAAUCUGUCUCUCAGCUGAAAGAAAAACUGGUGGAUUUCUGUAGAGAUGAAAUAAAGAAAAUAUCUGGUGGAGUUUCAUACAUCACAGUUGUUCCUGAUGAGCCCUUGAGUGAGGAGUUCUUACAAUAUUUCAGGCAGCUCACACUGGAUUUAAACACAGUGAAUGAAUACAUCCGUCUGUCUGAUGGAAACACAACAGCUACUAACACCAAUGUAGUCCAGCAGUAUCCUGAUCAUCCAGACAGAUUUCGUGGUUAUCUUCAGGUGUUGUGUAGAGAGAGUGUGUGUGAACGCUGUUACUGGGAGGUUGAGUGGAGUGGUGGUAUAUAUAUAUCAGUGUCAUAUAAGAGCAUCAGCAGAAAGGGAUGGGGUAAUGAGUGUUUGUUUGGACGCAAUGAUCAGUCUUGGAGUUUGCUCUGCUCUGACUCCACAUGCUGCUUCAUACACAAUAACAAACACACUUAUUUCCCUGUAGUGUCGAGCUCCUGUAGAAUAGGAGUGUUUGUGGAUCACAGAUCAGGAAUUUUGUCCUUCUACAGCGUCUCUGACACAAUGACCCUCAUCCACAGAGUCAAAACCACAUUCACUCAACCUCUCUAUCCUGGGUUUACUGUUUGUGAUAAAUCCACUGUGAAAGUGUGUCGUCUCACAAAAUCAUAGAUCAUAGAGAUUUUACAAGUAAAAAUGUUAAAUUCAGGGUUAUAGGAGUGAUUAGAUGAUAUAUUACAAUCUGAUAAAAAAACAAGACAAGAGCUUUGAAAGUGGGCAAUGUAUUUCAGAAUAAUUAAACACAUGAAGCUGAUUUACUUGUUCUUGAUGUUUACAUUCUCUAAGUCAUUUCACAAUCUUUGGACAUUACCGUAAUG